GUCUCUACAUGUCCUCUAAUGUCUGGCCACUGUGUGCCAGAGACGCCAGCACCGCCCAGAACCGUCCCUGUGGCGCCCCCGCCUGGGGGUGGACGGGAAUGCCUCGCCCCGCGGCGGAGACUUAAUUUCCCAGCGGCCCCUGCUACCUUACAGUUCCGGCGUGUUGUUGGUAUUUUCGGUCACGUGUGCUGCUGCGCCUGCUCAGUCCACUAGGUCGUCAGGGUAGUGGUUGCAGGGCCCAGACUCCGUUUCCCGGUGUGCCCCACGGUGGCGCGGUGUAGAACGGGUGUUGUAGUCCGGCCGCUCCUCUGACUGGUCCAGCUACAUCGACCGGCAGGAUGUCGGAGGUGCGGCUGCCACCGCUACGCGCCCUGGACGACUUCGUUCUGGGGUCGGCGCGUCUGGCGGCCCCGGAUCCACGCGACCCGCAGCGAUGGUGCCACCGCGUCAUCAACAACCUUCUCUACUAUCAAACCAACUACCUUAUCUGCUUCGGCCUCGGUCUCGCUCUGGCCGGGUACGUGCGCCCGCUGCACACCCUCCUAAGCGCGCUGGUAGUGGCGGUGGCCCUUGGCAUGCUGGUGUGGGCGGCUGAGACUCGAGCAGCCGUGCGCCGCUGCCGUCGCAGCCACCCAGCCGCCUGCCUGGCCGCAGUGCUUGCCGUCGGCCUCCUCGUUCUCUGGGCCGCGGGCGGCGCUUGCACCUUCCUGCUCAGCAUCGCCGGGCCCGUGCUUCUGAUCCUGGUGCACGCGUCACUGCGCCUGCGCAACCUCAAGAACAAGAUUGAGAACCAGAUCGAGAGCAUUGGUCUCAAGCGGACGCCAAUGGGGUUGCUGCUGGAGGCGCUGGGACAAGAACAGGAGGCUGGAUCCUAGGGCCCUGGGAUCUGUACCUAGGACAUGGAGAAUGCCAUCCCCACCCUGGCCCAGACCCAGAGCCCUUUCCCAGUCCUUAAAAUAGGAGCCCCUGCCCAGUUCAAAAAACAGGACAACUGCAACCCUUCCCCCAGGUCCCAAACUGGGAUAUUCCCUCAUACCCAGCCCCCCAGUUUAGGAAACCAGAGUCUUCCCAGCCCUGAACUUGGGAACCAGAGACACCCACGUCCAGCCCAAAACUGGGGC